AUGGUGCAUAUCACCGAGGAGCUGGUGCGGCGCCGAGCAGAGCAUAACGAGGGAGAGAUGUUUUCUUUGGAGGAACUGUCUCUGCACCAACAGGACCUGCAUCAGAUCCAGCACCUGCAGCAGUGGUGUCGCAACCUGAGGAUCCUGUACCUGCAGAACAACCUCAUCUCCACCAUCGAGAACCUUGGGCGUCUGAAGAAGUUGGAGUAUUUAAACCUGGCUCUGAACAACAUUGAGAUCAUAGAAAACCUUGAAGGGUGUGAGUCACUGCAGAAGCUGGACCUCACAGUGAACUUCAUCGGGCGCCUCAGCAGUGUGCAGACACUGACACACAACCUCCACCUGAGGGCGCUGUUCCUGACCGGAAACCCCUGUUCAGACUUCAGAGGAUACAGAGAGUACGUGCUGUGUGCGCUGCCACAACUGCAGUUCUUGGACGGAGCAGGGAUCAGUCGUUCCGAGCGUCUGAGAGCGGCUCAGGGUCAUCAGCACCUCCUCGCCCUGGUGCAGGAGCAGGAGGAGGCAUAUGUGGAGAGGAGGAGCAGUGAGAAGGAGAGGCUGUCCCAGGAGGAGAGGAGGCGAACCAGGGAGCAGGAGGAGCAAAGAGGAGCUCAGCACACACAGGAGGAGCAGGAGGAGCAGAGAGGAGCGCUGCACACACAGGAGGAGCAGAGAGGAGCUCAGCACACACAGGAGGAGCAGGAGGAGCAGAGAGGAGCGCUGCACACACAGGAGGAGCAGGAGGAGCAGAGAGGAGCGCUGCACACACAGGAGGAGCAGGAGGAGCAGAGAGGAGCGCUGCACACACAGGAGGAGCAGAGAGGAGCUCAGCACACACAGGAGGAGCAGGAGGAGCAGAGAGGAGCGCUGCACACACAGGAGGAGCCGAGAGGAGCUCAGCACACACAGGAGGAGCAGGAGGAGCAGAGAGGAGCGCUGCACACACAGGAGGAGCAGGAGGAGCAGAGAGGAGCGCUGCACACACAGGAGGAGCAGAGAGGAGCUCAGCACACACAGGAGGAGCAGGAGGAGCAGAGAGGAGCGCUGCACACACAGGAGGAGCAGGAGGAGCAGAGAGGAGCGCUGCACACACAGGAGGAGCAGAGAGGAGCUCAGCACACACAGGAGGAGCAGAGAGCAGCGCAGCAGCCACGAGGAGGCGCAGAGAGGCCACGGAGCCGCAGCGCAGAGGAGCAGGAGGAGCAGGACUUCUGGCAGACUCCCUGCUCCUUCAGCCCUGAGUCUCGCCUGGAGGCUCACAGACGUCUGCAGGAGAAGCGCCGGACUAAAGAAAAUUCGACCGAAAAGAAACCCUCUCCACCUCGAACUCUAACGGCUAAAGACGGACGAGUUCUGAACGUCAACGAAGCAAAUCUGAGACUGUCCAACCUGAACCAUGAAAGCGACUUCUCUAGUCUGAACGUCAACCCUGAGACCAUGAACGACUUCUCUGAGUCUGAGACUGUUCCAACGUCUGACACCCAUGAGCCGACUUCUCUGAGGGGGGUGUGGGGGGGGGGGGGGGGGGGGGGGGGGGUGGGGUGGGGGGGGGGGUGGGGGUGGGGGGGGGGGGUGGGAGACCCCACGGGGGGGGGGGGGGGUGGGGGGGGGGGGGGGGGGGGGGGGGGGUGGGGGGGGGCGGGGGGGGGGGGGGGGGGGGCCCAGAGUGAGAUCAGGAAGACCAAGGAAAUGAUGAACCACCUUCCUCAUCAACAGAAAGACCAAGGGGGGGGGAUGAACCACCUUCUCAUCAACAGAAGACCAAGGAGAAUGAACCACCUCCUCAUCAACAGAAGACCAAGGGAGAUGAACCACCUCCUCAUCAACAGAAGACCUAAGGAGGAAGAACCACCUCCUCAUCAACAGAUGACAAGGAGAACAACACCUCCUCAUCAACAGAAGACUCAAGGAGAUGAACCACCUCCUCAUCAACAGAAGACCAGGAGAUGA